GCCAAAAAAAGAAAAAGAAACACCCAAAUUCCGAUCCCAAAGAAGUUUGGAUUAGGAUUGGAUUGGUCAGUAUAAAAAUCUCUAUCUUUGUAACGAUUCUGUAUUGAAAGCGAUUAUCAUCUGCUGCUUUGGUAUACAUAUAAAAAUCUCAGCUUUGGAGUUUUUGUGAAUCAGUAUAAAAAUUUCAAUUGUUUGUGUCUGCUAACUGACAAUUGUCCACUACUCUUGUAUUCUGUUUUCAAAUUUUGAAAUUGCGAGUAUGAAUCGAAUGAGAAAGAAGUGUGUAAAGGAGGAGAUUUGUGAAGAUGUUAUGAUAAAAAUAUUGGACUUUUUGCCUUCAAAAUCUCUGGCAAAGUUUAAAUGUGUAUCCAAGUGUUGGGAAAAGUACAUUACUGAUUGCCGUUGCAGACGAUGGAUCCAAAAACCAUAUCUAGUUGGUUUCUUUUGUCAACACUUCGAGGUUCCCCGUGUACCUAUGCGGACUAACUUCUUCUCGUCGUCUCAAUCAGUGAUUGAUGGCACUUUCGAUGAGUCAUUAGACAAUCUUUUUCAUAGCAAUGCACGUCUUGUUGCAGCAUCCAAUGGUUUUCUUCUUUGCUAUGUGAAAAAGGUGCAUUACUAUGUUUAUAAUCCCUCCACAAGCCAAUUAUUGGUUCUUCCAAAAACUCAAAUCUGCAUGGAGGACGACGAAUAUAAUCCACCACCUAUUGGAUUUAUUUGUAAGGUAGAUAACCCUGAUAAUAAAGAUAUUAUCUCCUUCACUAUAGUUCGGUAUGCAAUACCUGACUAUCAAUCUAAUUUACAAUUUGCUGUAACCAUCGAAAGUUUCUCUUCUGAAACUAAUGCUUGGACUGCAAAUAAGAUUAUUCUUGAUGUACCUCUAGGACUGUUUCGUUCUACGCAAUCACCAUCAGCUAGUGUCAUCGAUGGAGUAUUCUGUUGGCUUGAUGAUUCACUACAGAUAACUGUUUAUGAUAGUAUCUACAAGUCUUUCUGGGCUUUGAAAUUGCCUGAAGAUAUGGAGAGAGGAAAAUCAGGUGGUUGUUAUCUUGGAUCAUCAGCUGGUGGAUUGUAUUUUGCAUUGAAUAUUAUAUUUGAGGCAACCAUCAUUGUGUGGUACCUUGUGAGCAAUAUUCGUAGUCGAGAUGCAGUAUGGGUUAAGAAGUAUGUUGGAAAUGUAGGCAGCACUGUUCUACAAUGCCGGAAGGAUUUUGGACUUGAGGGCUAUCAUAGAAUUGUGUUGAAAACCAUGGUCAUUCAUCCUACUGUUCCACACAUAUUUUAUUUAGGUUUUCUUCGUAAGGUUAUUUCUUAUGACUUUGAGAUGGAUGUUGCACAACUUGUCUAUAAUUUUUCAGGCAUAAGUCCAACAGAGAGCUACAAAUGUUUUCCUUAUGAAUGGUAUCAAUGGCCGCGUCGUCUUCUGUAGACUCUAUUUGUUCUUGUUUGAAUAAUAUGUAUUCUAUAUAUACUUUGAACUUAGAUACAAAUAAUGGAAUUCCUUCUUUCUAUUCUAGCUAA